AUGGCUCUAGAUUCUCCAACUAGCAAAAGGCAUAAUAUUACAUUCAGCCUACCUAUGGUAAAAAAAUUUUUUAAUUUUUUUUGAAAUUCUUAAAUUUGUAAUUUCAGAUGUCUCGUCUGAGAUCAGACACGUAUAUCAAACCAGGUUCUGAGAGCAGCUACGAAAGUGAAGAUGGAAAUUCAAGAAGGUUGGAUAUUUUCAGAUAUUUUGAAAAUUAUCAAUUUUUUUCAGAUACGCUCAGCCCACUCUUGAUUCUUAUUGUUGUAUCAGCAAUGUCUCAAUAAAAGUAAUAUUUUCCAUUUUUCAAUCCUCUAAUUAAUAAAAAUUUCAGAAAGCAGUAAUCAUAUCUGGUGUUUUAUCAGCUGUUCAGUCAAUUGUCAACUUUUUCCUUUUACUGCGAGGUUUGAUCUUCACAUUUUUUUCUAUAGGAACUACUCAUAAACCAGAGCUAUUUUCCAAAAAAAAAUUAGAUCGUUAACUUUGAUGGGAUAGUUUUUGGCUCACAUCAACUCGGAGUGGUUUUCACUUUCUUUUGAUUCAAGAUAAUGUAUAUAUAAAGGAGAAAAAAAUGAAUCCAUCAACUUGAUUGAAAACCUCACAUUAAUUUAGUGCUGGAAAAACAUGUAUACAUUUUUAGUUCUGAUGAAAUAUGAUAUGGAUGUGGUGAUUUUGAGUUAAUUAUGGGAAAUUUUUCGUAUUUUUCUAAUGAUAAAUGAAUGUUAUAAGUAAUUGUGAGAAACGGUUUUGAAGUUUGAAUAAAUUCUGAAAAUUUUGAGAAGUAAUGAGAAAGUUCCCCGUACAACAACAAAAUAAAUUCAUUUUAAACCAAAAUUAUGCAAGUUCCUGGAUUUUUUUUCCGGAACUGAAUAAUAUGAAACGUUUUCUAAAAUAAUUUCAAAAACUCAAUAUUUCAGGUUGUGAUCGAACAAAUGUAGACAUUGCAUUUGCGAUUCUUCCCAUAGUCACUGCAACCGGUGCAAUCUUAUUUCUAUCGUUUGCACUUCUUCAUAACAGUUCCAUAUCUCUAAAACCUUAUAUUGCACAUCAUGUGAGUACUCUUUCAUUUCAUUUGUUUUCCAACUAACCAAUUUUUGCAGCUUCUCAUACUAUUAUGUGGAUUGGGAUUUUUCAUUUAUUAUGUGUUGUUUCUCUUCCACUAUGAUACUAAUUGGAUGUCAUGGCUUGCACGACAAUCUAACACAUUUCAAACAUUGAUGACUAAUCAAAAUGAUUCGAAAUUGUUAUAUGGCGUGAUUUUAGUCAUCCAAAUUUCAACGAAUAUUUUGUGUAUACAUAUUUCCGUAGGACUUUACCUGGUUUUAGAUAAUGUUGUGAGAUAUGUUAGCGCCGAGGUAACAGAAGUCAUCUAA